AUGUCCCUGGCACCACCAAACACAGGCAAGUCGGCUGCCGAGCAGCUAUCGACCGCAGGGUCCAUUCUCGCCGGCGCUAUAGCUGCGUGUGGUGCAGUCACGUUCACCAACCCCAUUGAUCUCAUCAAGACCCGGAUGCAGCUCCAGGGAGAACUCAUCAAGCUGGCCAAAGACGCUCCCGUGCUCUAUCGCAACCCGUUCCAGGCGUUUGGACUCAUUGUGCGUACCGAAGGUAUCCGUGGCAUCCAGCAGGGCCUCAUCUCAGGAUAUCUCUACCAGAUAGGAUUGAAUGGGUGCAGAGUAGGCUUCUACGAACGUAGCAGAUACUACCUCACCAAAGUGCUCCAUCCUGGCAGUUUGGGCGAGGACGACAAGGUACCCCAGAAGCUCCACAUUAACGUGUUGGCAGGCAUGGUUUCGGGAGCCAUUGGGUCGGUCGUAGCCAAUCCACUCUUCCUCAUCAAGACCAGAAUGCAAUCCUACACCAAGGCCCAUCUGGACACUUUGGUGGGCCAGCAGACGUUCUACCGAGGCGUAUGGGACGGUUUAUCCACCGUGUACCGUGCAGAGGGCUUCAAGGGCUUGUAUCGUGGUGUGGAUGCUGCCAUCAUGAGAACAGGUGCUGGAUCUUCAGUACAAUUACCCACCUACUACUUGACGAAAAACUACCUCGUAGCACACUCAGUUUUUGCACCCACCUCGAUCUGGCUCCACCUCGUGUCGUCGUCAGUGGCAGGUGCAGCCGUGGCAGUGGUGAUGAAUCCGUGGGACGUGAUCUUGACCAGAGUCUACAACCAGAAGGGAAAUUUGUAUUCGGGACCAGUGGACUGUUUCAGGAAGACAGUGCGGAAUGAAGGCUUUGGAGCGUUGUACAAGGGAUUCUGGGCCCAGUUCUUCCGGAUUGGACCCCACUCAGUAUUGAUGUUGAUGUUCAUGGAGCAGAGCAUGGAGUUUGUGUGGAAGGUGGAGCAGAGAUUCAGAUAA